AUGGGAAACCACAGCAAUAAUCAUACCUGUUUGACAGAUGAUUCCUUUAAAUACAACCUGUAUGGGGCCGUAUACAGCGUGGUAUUCAUCCUUGGCUUGAUCACAAACUGUGCCUCUUUGUUUGUUUUCUGCUGUCGAAUGAAAAUGCGAAGCGAGACAACUAUUUUCAUGACAAACCUUGCCGUCUCUGACUUGCUCUUUGUAUUCACUUUGCCUUUUAAAAUAUUUUAUAAUUUCAACAGGCACUGGCCUUUUGGGGACACUCUGUGCAAGAUUUCAGGGACUGCAUUUCUCACCAACAUAUAUGGCAGUAUGCUGUUCCUCACCUGCAUUAGUGUCAACCGUUUCCUGGCUAUUGUCUACCCAUUCAGAUCUCGUACCAUUCGGACAAGGAGAAAUUCAGCCAUUGUGUGUGCAGGAGUCUGGAUACUAGUCCUCAGUGGAGGAAUUUUAGCUUCAUUGUUCUCCACAACCAACGUCUCUAGCACUAGCACAACCUGCUUUGAGGGUUUUUCCAAAAUUGUUUGGAAGACCUAUUUGUCUAAGAUCACUAUAUUUAUUGAAGUGGUAGGAUUCAUAAUUCCUUUGCUAAUCAACCUCACAUGCUCUUCACUGGUUCUGAGGACUCUCCGGAAACCUGCUACAUUAUCUCAGAUUGGGACAAACAAAGAGAAAGUACUAAAGAUGAUUAUUGUGCAUGUGGCCAUUUUUGUAGUAUGCUUUGUGCCCUACAAUUCCAUACUUUUCUUAUAUGCUCUUGUGCGAUCUCAAGCCAUAGCAAACUGCUCUUUGGAGAGAUUUGCUAGGACAAUGUACCCAAUCACAUUAUGCAUUGCAACAAUGAAUUGCUGCUUUGACCCCUUCAUUUACUACUUCACAUCAGAAUCUUUUCAAAAGUCUUUCAAUAUACACCCCCAAAUACAAAUGGACUCCAUUUCCAAGACUGAAACACCUCUAACAAUGAAGACUGCACUGCCUGCAAUACAGGAGGAAGUGAAUGACCAGGCUAUUACAAAUGGAGGUGAUCCAACUGCUGAAUCACAUUUCUAA